UAGCGCGGGUUUAUACCCCUCGCUACGGCUACUUACUAGUAGCGCGGGUUUUUACCCCUCGCUACUACUAAAUUGACAGUAAUAGCGCUGAUAUUUACCCCUCACUACUACUAAGCGGUCUCUACCGUACCCCCGGGACAUGCCAUAUUAGUAACGAGGGAUAUAAACCCACGCUACUACUAAGUGAAUAGCUAUAGCGCAGGUAAGAUACCCACGCUGCUACCACUGAGCGUAUCCCUCCCUUGCCGCACCACUCCCACCCCGAUCCUAAAGAAAAGAAAUUCCACUCCCACCCGACCAAACUCUCUCUCUCUCCAACCUCACCCCCACCUGAGUUGACUCAUCUCCCCCACGACCUCCUCGCCGCCGCCAGCACCCACACCGGCCGGUUCCGGCGAGCUCCGGCCUCGCGGAAUACGCCCCCAAGCACCCCAAGCUCCGCCCCUCCCUCCCCUCCUCCCAGAUCCGUGCCUCAAGGCCUGCACCCUUGCCUUGAGGCGGCGAGGGGGAAGGCGGCGGCGGAGAGGCAAACGGCGAGGAGGAGCAGCACGCGGCUCUUCCACCCAACGGCCGCGGAGUCGUCGGUGCGGGCCGUCAGCCUCACCGAGAAGAGGAGCAGCACGGCGGCAAGGACGACGAGGGAGAGGAGGUGGUGGCUGAGGACGAGGCGCGUGUACAGGUCCCUCCCGCAGGCGCUGUCGGGGCGGAAGGCGUUUCCGAUGACGAAGAAAGCGGUGAGAUUAAUCCUGAGCUGCUCCCUAGCAGCGGUACUGGUUGCAUGCUAUAUUAAUGCUUUGGACGAAAUUACAUUAUUCGUCACCCCUGCUCAGCUCAGAGAGGAUGCUUAUGCCGUCCAGAGCAAUGAGCAUGGAAUAGCAGCUCGAGACAGAGGCGCGUUUCAUUGGGAACUUAUUCCGUCAGUAGGGAGAAAGCUAAGAACCUUGGCCUUCAAGUUCUUGCAAGGACAAGAGGGUAUGCUGAUGUUGCUCAGGCACCUGAGCUAUUUACAGAAGGAGGGGACCCGGCGUUCUUCACGGCUCGCGGCAGUGUCUACCUUUGAUUCAUUCGUGCAACAAGGAGGGGACCCGCCCUUCUUCAUGUCUCGUGCAACAAGGACCAGCCUCCGGAUGUUACUAUUGAUUCGUGUGCAUGUUUUAAAAAGGGUGGGUGUUGUGUUCUCCAACCACUCGGAAGUGGACUUCGCCGUGAAGCCCGGCAACUGCGUCGCACAGAUGAUCGUCCAGGUGAAUGCGACGCCGGAGGUCACGGAGGUGGAGGACCUCGAUACCAUCGCUUCGGGGGGGGGGGGGGGGGGAUUCGGGUCCACCGGUGUCUGA